AUGGCAUUCGCAUCGUCUUCAACUUCAUCGGUCAUGCGAUCGACCAGGCAGCUGGUCACUCCUGUCAUAUCGGGCAGAUCCAUAUCUCGAGGAGGAAGAAGAACGAUACUGCAGGUCACUCGACCAUACUCGGCUGCAGCAGCUUUAGCAGAAUCUCCCUCCGCUUUCCAACAACCACCUUCCUCCUCGUCCUCUUCUUCAUCACAAACCCUGCCUCCUAGACCUCAUUAUACUCGACCAAGUACAACAAAGUACGAGCGAAAACCACAUCGAUCACUCACACCUAUCGAAGCUCAAUCAUUCCUUACCAACCUUCUAUCUCUCCCUUCCGACCGACAAUUCUCACCGGAACUUUCCCUCCAAAUAUUAACUCAUAAAUCAUAUCGCUAUUCUCAUGCCAUACGUCAUACCGACUCGGUCUCUUCGUCGAUAGGGAACGAACCUCAUAAUUCGAGAUUAUCAUUCAUAGGACGUCGUGCGUUCCAAACGUACCUAUCGAUGUUCAUACAUGAUUCAUUCUUCGCUUCGUCCCAGCAAACGCAGUUCAAGUUGGAUGCUUCGGAUUUUUUGAAAGGGAAGAGUUUAGAAGAUAGGUUGGAUGGUCUGAGGGAUACGAGGAAUCUUGGGAGGUUGGUAGCUCCUUCUUGGGGUGUUGGGGAGGUGGUCCGAUGGGAUAGGAAUGAGACAUCCCGCGAAUCAGGCGACUUCAAGAUCCUAGGAAUGACCGUCGAAUCGAUCCUCGGAGCGAUAUUCAACGAGUAUGGCUCACCCGCGGCCCAGAGGGCUUUCCACUUACAUAUCUUACCGUAUUUCAUACCGCAAUUGAGGGAUCCGAGGUUAAUCGAGAGGGUGUUGAAUUUAAAGGAACAGAUUGAGAAGGUCGGUAAAGGGAUUCUGAGGGUUUGA